AUGGCAUAUGUUUGGGUACAACUUCCGGGACUCAGUAUAGAAUACUGGAAGGAGAAAAUCUUAAUGAAUAUUGGAAAAGCAUUGGGUAGACCGAUUAAAGUGGAUGAAACUACUCUUAAGAAGGAAGCUAGAUUUUAUGCAAAUAUUCUAGUGGAAAUGGAUUUAGCUAAAGGAAUUCCUAGCAAAAUCAAUGUGGAAUCUAAGUAUGGCAAGUUUAAACAAGCAGUAAAUAUUCUGAAUAUGCCAAAGUUUUGUCAUCACUGCAAGAUAGUUGGGCAUUAUACUGCAGAAUGCAGAAACAAAAAGAGGGAACAAGAAAAAUCAAAUGAUGUAAAUGAGAUUCCUAAAGCAACUAAACAAAUUUGGAGAAGAGUAACUAAAAAGAAGACACAGCCUCCUAUUGGACUUGACUUAUGUCCUCCUGUUGACCAAGAAAUUCCAAGUACUUCAUCUUUACAGGUUUUAGAAACUCCUCUGGAAAAAACAACUAAUUCAGAAUUUCCUGCUCUAUCAGUAGAAAAAUUAUUGAAUGCUACCGCUGGUGCUCCUACUAUCAAUAAGUCCAGCACAAUUAUUCCACCAAUUGGAAAGAAAGUUUCAAAUGAAAAUGCACCAAAGGUAAAACAGAAGACCCAACAGGGAAGUGUGGUUACUACAAGACAACAAGCAUAUAGUUUAGUAACCAAAAGUACAUUACUCCCAGAUUUUUGCAAAAAGUUGAAGUUACCAGGAAUGCAUUAUGAGGCUAUUGACAAUUCAAGAAAUGGUAAGAAAGGUAACAUUUGGAUUUUGUGGAAUUCUUCAAUUCAAAAGCCAAACAUUUUGUUCUCAUCUGACCAAUCAAUAACAGUUGAAGUGGGAGAUACUUUAAUAACUGGAAUUCAUGCUGCAUCAUUAACAGUAAAUAGAUUAAGUAUGUGGAAGGAUUUGGUUUAUAUUAGCUAUUUGAAUAAACCAUGGCUAGUAAUGGGGGAUUUCAAUACUAUAAUGAGAGAAGAUGAAAAGAAGGGAGGAUUGAAGCCUUUGUUAAUAUCCAUGUUAGAAUUUAACAAUUGCUUGCAUAGCUGUGGUUUGAUUCAAGCACCAAAUACUGGACUGGAUUUUUCAUGGUGUAAUAAUAGAGCUGGUAGAAGGAGAAUUGUCUGCAAUCUUGAUAGAGCUGUAUUUAAUGAUAAAUGGUUAGACAAAUUUUCAAGGUAG